AUGAUGAGCGAAAAGCAGACAGAAAGACAGGAGUCGCAAACUAGAUCGGACAGUCAGCGGGAGCAGGGCACAUCUGGAAAGAGCUCGUCGAAAGAGAAGUCUUCAAAACCGCGCCACAGGGCAUCAGUUGCGUGUGCUUCGUGUCGAGAUCGCAGAAUUCGCUGUGUUGUACCCUCAGGAGAGAAAGAGUGCACUCAGUGUAAGCGAUCGGGUGUAGACUGUGUCAUCAAAAACGACGAUGAGCGCCGAAGGCCCAUUUCGAGGGCUUACAUGUGCUCUCUAACAGAUCGGGUGGCACUCUUGGAAACGAUGCUGAAAGAGCGAGGCGAAGAGCUACCACCAGUAAACCACCCACCAAAAACCCGACACAAUGUCCCACGCAACGAGGACGGCACAUCCCCAACCAGGAAAACUAGGAAAAACCAAGACGUAGAGAACGAAAACGAACAUGAACAUUCCAGUCCAGGAAGCCAAACAAGCCCUCAAGACGAAUAUAUUGAAUUUGAACAGCAAGAAAUAAGCGUGGAACAACAUGAGAUGCACGUGCAUAGUCCCCCGUUCUCGAACGGUGAUGCGGAAAGCACCGGAUCACCGUCUAUGCUACCCCCACCGAAGAAAGACGGAAUGGUCAAUCGCCUGCUUUCCACGCGCGGCCAUCUCAGCUUCGACCAGCUCAGCGGCCGUCUACGCUACUUCGGCCCAACGACGAACUGCCACGUGCAUUCCGAGUCAUUAAGUCCAUUUGGUUCGACCCAAGAACAAGAUGAACAAAGGCGUCGGUGCGACAAGAUCAUUCGGUCGCUCCCGCUCGAGACGUAUGAUUACCUCAUGGAAUUAUUUUGGCAGUGUUACAAUCCUGUCAUUCACGUGCUGCACCAAGAGGCAUUCAACGAGGAUCGCGAGAAUGGAAAAACGCAGUUUUACUCUGGUUUCCUGCAUGUAUGCGUUUUGGCAAUGGGGUUUCGCUUCGCGGAUAAGGAUAGGCCGGAUGUGAAGAGGAUCAGUCUACCGGGCAUGGAGAGUACCUUGCAUCGCGAGGCAAAGUAUAUGCUUGAUCAUGAGUUGGAGAGACCAGGUGGUAUUCCGAGCGUCGUCGCGCUGUUAUUAUUGGGGGACUUGGAGUGUGGAGUUGGCAGAGAUAAUCUGGGGUGGCUCUACGGCGGUAUGGCUGUUAGGCUUGCGUUUGAUAUCGGUUUGCACCUCGACACAAGACUUUCUGGUCUACCAGAACGCGAAAUUGAGAUUCGCCAAAUGACGUUGUGGGCAUGUGUAAUCUACGACAAGUACUGGGCGUUAUUUCUCGGCCGCCCAACAAGCAUGAAGUCAUCCGACCUCGAAAUCUACCACUUGACCAAGCAAUUCGAACGCCUCGGUACAUGUCGCCCCGCUGGCCUGGAGAAAAGCACAGAGACCAUGAUCUAUGAAGCUCUGCUUGAUCUGAUGGAGCUCGCUGGCAAGAUCACUGAGAACAUGGAUCCACAUCGCUCGCAGAAUGCGGCUUCCGAUUCGAUCACUGCAGUUGAUCGUAACCAGUAUAUGCGCAUGGCAGCGCUGGAUCGCGAGUUCAGUCGCUGGUAUGGGAGUUUGCCGGAGCAGUUGAGGUGGACGCCUCAGAACAUCGCGACAGCGCCGUUUAGCUUCUUCUUGCUACACCAGCAGUACCAUGCCAGUCUCAUAUUACUACAUCGCCCGUUCGCUUUGUAUGAAGACCAGGCGGAUAGCGAUAGUGGGCCUGACGAUCACUUCUCUGCUCUGAGUAGGACAGUUUGCACGAAACAUGCGAUCCGGGUGGCGAGGAUAUACUGGCAGCACCGGCAACGGUUCAAUACGAAGCAAAUAUUCGUUACGGGGAUACAGCAUGCGGGCACCGCAGCAACCGCUCUAGUAGCCGCUUUGGCAUUCAUAAAAGACCCUACCUCUCGAGCCAACAACAUGCAGUACCUCGAGUGUCUCUCCGCCGCCCUGUCAGAUAUGGCGUUUACAUACCAGCCCGCAGAGCGCAUGUCGACAGUCCUUCGCGCCGUGAUGGUCGAGUUACGCGGCGGCCCCGAACCACCGUCAUCCACAGCGUUCAAUCUUUACAAGCCCAAAUCUUCUGUCGUACCCGCACGAAGGGGCAGCACAAUCGACAUGGACAGUGAGAUGCCGGACGGACAGUGGGUAAAGAAGCGGCAAACGAGUCGCGGAAGACUAGGCGUAGGCAGUAGAAAAACAAGAACAAUGAGUUCGAGCACUACAAUGAGUGUGCCGCUAGAACACGGGCUCAGCCUAAAAACCCCAUCAUCACUGCGCUUCGACGACGCCUGUCAGACUGAUGGUUUCAUCAUGGUAACGCCUCGCUCUGAACUCGGUACCUGGCCUAGCAUCGCCGACCCCCCAGAACUGUCACACACACUCUCCACCCCCUCUACCAACUCUUCAACCCGUCCCCGCCACUCGGGGACUUCAUGGAUGGGCCCAGAGUUUGACCAGCAUGAUCCUAUAUCGCAGCUUGCGAAUGCUCAUUUCCCUGAACUGAGCGCCUUUGAUGAGCCUGUUGGCGCUGGUGGCGAUGCAAUCAAUCUAGACUUUAUGCCACUUGGCGAUGGUACGGAUUGGAACAUGAGUAAGGAUUGGAACGGUAGUAGCGAUUUGGACGGAUUUCCAUCAAGUGGUGGAUUUGGCAUGGGGUUUGGAGAUGGUGGUAGGAAGUUUUGA